UGUACACACGAGUCGUAUUUAGAUAUUUACAGUAUUUUUUAACUCGCUACAAUAUAUUUUUUACUGACAAAUUAUUUAAAUCUGGAUUUAUGUAAAUAGUACACUUCAAUUUCGAGACAACAUGAGCCUUUAUUGGUUAUUUUUCCUCUCAAUUGUGAUAUUGUGCCCCAAUUACAGUCAUCUUGUUUAUGCUGAUACUGUCGAAAACGGCAAUAAUGAUAAUACAGCCAAGGCAAAAGAUGCCGACCUGGUCCCUUUGGUCCUGCCUAAUGUCACGUUCUGUGAGAACACUGUGUUGAACCUGAAUGCCUCCUCUUUCGAGUUCCGAUGGACGCUCAAUGGUCUCCAAAACUAUUAUGAAACGGUUCGGAAAUUUUACGAGUCGGUUUACUUCACGAAAAAUAUAAGUCGCGUCCACAGUGGGAUCGAAUUAACGGUCCACAUCCGGGUGGGAAUAUCUGCAAAAUCUGUAAUGGCGACGGUGCAAGUUUCCCCGUAUGAAGAGAUGGCGAUCGGUGCCUCGUUCGAGGGUCGAUUGUACAUCACUGCUCGACAUGGAAAUGCGUCUUUUAUGACAACCAGGACCAGCAAGUUGAAGGAUGAUGUUAUGGAGUUCAAAUGGUAUCUCGCUCAAACUGAGCGAGAAGAGAUUGGUCGCCUCAUGGAGAUUUAUACCGACGCCGUGGUGACCCACCCAACUCGAGAGUCGUUGAUUCUACCUCUGCGAGAUAGGUUGAAACAAGCCGUGACUCUGGUUUUCAAAAUUGUGCGAUAUGGAAUCUCUCCCGUGUUCGAAGGGCGCCGAGGUUUGCAGCAAUGUAGUAAAGAGGACUACAAUUAAGUAUGUGUAGCACGUGUGUAAUAAUUAUCUAACAAUAGAUUAGUUUCAUUGAGUUCAUAGUUAAUGAAUGGAUUUAAAUAUUACGGUGGCAUUUGGUUAAGAAUUAGCAAGUUGCGUAAAAUGAAUGAUGUAGACAACCUUGUCAAAUUUGUAAGAAUGAAAAAGUGACGGACGGAGUUAUACAUUUAUGAUGGAAAUAAAAACGACACAAAGAAAA